AUGGCCUCUAUGGACCUGAGACAGGAGCUGAACUGCCCCAUCUGCUUGGAGGUUUAUCGAGAUCCUGUAACCCUGAAGUGCGGACACACUUUCUGCCUGGCCUGUAUACAUCGUCUACUUUGUAAACAGGGUGAGUCCAAAGUUUAUACCUGUCCGGAGUGCAGGCAGAAAUCAAGACCACCGCUUAAGAAGAACAUUGCUCUCAGCAGAAUAGUGGAGAGAUUCCAUGCUGGUCAUACUGACAAGGAUGGGAACACAGUCUUGUGUACAUACUGUGACUUCCCGGUGCUGGCUCUGAGGUCUUGUCAGCAGUGUGAGACUUCUUUGUGUGCUGAUCACUUGAGAAAACACAAUGAGACGGUGAAACACAACUUACUUCCACCUACAGCUGAGUUCCGGAAAAGGAGGUGUCCAGUCCACGGGAAGAUCAUGGAAUAUUAUUGUACCGAGGACUCUGUCUGUGUCUGUGCAUCAUGCAGGCUAGAUGGAGAACACCGAGGACAUCAGGCGGAGCUGAUGGAGGAGGCCGCAGAGAAGAAACUGAGACCAGUGCUGAAGAAGGCAAAACACGAGCAAGAAAAGAGUGAGAAGAGAAUCCAGAGCCUGCAGGAACGCAGGACAAGAGUGCAAGAGGUAGCAGCCAAAGUAACACAGAGAGCCACUGCUGAACUUAGCAGUAUGAAGAAGCAGUUGGAAGAUCUGGAGAAGAUGGUCCCCAAUGGGAUCGCCAGGUGGGAAAUGCAGAUUUCACAGUCUGUCACUGAUCUGGUCCAACAAUUGGAAACCAAAAAGGAGAAUCUGACCAGAAAGAUAUGUUACUUGGAGGGGCUGCAUGAUCUGGGCGACCCACUAAGUGUAUUACAAGACCAGGAACUAGACAAAGACUUGUAUGACACCGAGGAGGCACUGCCUGAUGACCCUGAAUUUCCUGAUCUAGAGGAGGAGAUGAUCUCCAGAGCAUUACACAAAUUAUCCAACAUGGUAACAAGCGCAAAGAUGUGGAUACGCAAACCUGCAGACAUAUUGCUGGACGUCUGCACAGCGGCCGAUAACCUCUGGAUAUCAGACGACUUAAAAAGUGCCUUCAGGUCAGAGAUAAAACUGCCUUUUCCAAAAACACCAGAGAGACUUGAGUAUUGUGGGGUUCUAAGUCUCUGCAGCUUCUCCUCUUGGCAGCAUUACUGGGAGGUGGACACCAGCCAGUCGGAUAGCUGGAAAGUCGGAAUGUGUUACCCCAGCAUCAGCAGGAAAAGCCACAUCAGUAUGAUUGGGCAGGGCAGUGACUCCUGGUGCUUGCGGAGGUUGAAGGAUAACUAUAACAUGAUGCAUGACGCUGAUCAUAUCCAUUUACCUCACAAACCCUCUAGCCAUAAAUUUUGUAUCUAUCUGGAUUACGAGGCUGGCCAGCUUUCCUUCUAUGAGCUGGGAGACCCAAUGAGACACUUGCACACCUUCAUGACUACCUUCACUGAGCCCCUCCAUGCUGUCCUUGCAGCCUUUCAAGGGUCCAUUACCAUUAGUAACUAGUUAU